AUGGAUCAUAUGAGGGUUGAUCCAGGAGGGGGCUUCCAACUCACUGGAAUGCCCCGACCACAGCUGAUUAACCAGCCGCCACAAAUAUUCGGAGCUUACGGUCACGAUAGUUUACCAGUAUUACCACCGGAGCUUGCAGCUCAGAUGGCAUUCGAUCCAUCGGCGCUACUGGAGGAUGCGAACGAAGCGAAAAGGAGGAGGAUCGCACGGGCUUGCGAUAUGUGUCGGAAGAAGAAAAUUAAGUGCGACGGAAAGCUGCCGGCUUGCACGCAUUGUAUAAAUUACAAAACAGAUUGUGUCUUUACGCAGGUCGAGAAGAAGAGGAAUCCUCCGAAAGGUGCAAAAUACAUCGAAGGACUCGAAAACCGUCUGGGGCGCAUGGAAAGUCUGUUACGACUCUCGGGAUUGCUCGGAGAUGACGACGAAUCGACCGAUUUAGCUACGUUAGAGAAGCGCCUUGCGGAGAAGAAUCAGCAAUCGAGACAAGCCUCGCAGGCAGCGACUUCGAAUCCUACGUCACCGUCGCAAGCGACGUCAGGUCAUGAUGGCCCCAUGUCGACCCCUCGAAGCGCAUUAACAUCGCCAGAACCAGCUCGAGAUAGAGAAUUUAGAAAAGAAAACUCACCUCAACCCGAAAAGCCUAAGGGAAAAGAGGAGGAGGAAGUCGAAGCUUUAUCUGAGAUGAUGUGCUCAUUAGUAACAAAUCAAUCCGGAGAAACGAGAUAUAUAGGAUCCUCCUCGGGAUUUUCAAUAUUCUCACCCAAGGGUAUCCAAUGGGUGAACGAAAAGACAGGAGACACAUCGUUUCAGCGGAUGAUCUCAUGGGUGUCUAUCGAUGACCAUAAAUGGAACCACUGGAAGCCGGAGAUAUUCAGUGAUUUAUUCCAUCGUCCGGUCUAUCGGCCAUUACCGUCUAAGCCGGAAGCGUUAUCUUUACUCAAGGACUAUUUUGAUAAUUUCAACUGCAUGUUCCCGCUGUUCCACCAACCCACAUUCAUGCAUCUUGUCGAGAGACAGUACUCAAAUGACCCCUAUCAAGGCUCCGGGUGGUGGGCGAGUUUAAAUGUCGCUUUAGCUAUUGCGCAUCGCCUUCGUGUCAUGAGUAAUUUGGUACCGCAGGAAGAGGAUGAUAAGUCUUGGGCGUAUAUGAAAAAUGCCAUUGGGGUGUUCUCUGAAUUAACGAUGCGCAAUACUGACUUGUUGAGUGUACAAGCCUUACUCGGAAUGGCUUCCUUCAUGCAAGGUACCCCGAAUCCACAACCGUCAUUUCUCCUCGUUGCGGCAGCGAUCCGACUGUCGCACAGCAUAGGGUUGCAUAAGCGCGGAAGUGGUUUCAACCUGAACCCGGUCGAAAUCGAACAGAGGAAACGAGUAUUCUGGAUAGCAUAUAUGUUGGAUAAAGAUUUAUGUCUUCGAUCCGGACGACCUCCAGCGCAGGACGACGACGAUAUGAAUGUUGAGCUCCCGGAUGCCGACCCAGCGGAUAAUAUCGGAAAUAUCCCCCUUGCCGACGGAAAGGGGAAGAUGAAUCUAUUCCGAGCGAUGUGCGAAUUAACGGUUAUCGAAAGCCAGGUUUAUAAGAGACUAUAUUCAACGAAGGCUACUAAAUAUUCAGAUGGGGAAUUGCUGCAGACUAUCGGCGAACUCGACAAGCAGCUAGAGACAUGGAAGGACAAUAUACCGAUUGACUUCCGUCCGGAACAUGAAAUCAAGGCCUCUCAUACACCUCUCAUACUUCACGUUGUCAUGUUGCACUUCUCCUAUUACAAUGCCCUCACCACCAUCCACCGCAUGUCGAUACAUCACGGUUACUGGACAAGUCGACUAUCGAAUUACGCCAUCCAGGGUCUAAACGCCAGGCCCUUGAACCCGCGAGUCUUCGCCUCGGCAGCAUUAUGCGCAUCAGCGGCAAGAGCAAGUAUCCAACUACUAAAGUACAUCCCACAGGGCGACUUCUCCUGCGUCUGGCUCAUCCUCUACUUUCCCGUCUCUGCCUUAGUGACACUCUUCGGCAACAUCCUGCAAAACCCCCUCGACCCACGCGCGAAAUCCGACACCAAGCUCAUGAACCUAGUCGUAACCUUCCUCUCAACACUAGGCCAAGAAGCCGAAACCGGCGGUGUGCACCGGAUGCUAGGCGUAUGUUCGGAAUUCGAGCGUAUCGCCAAAAUCGUAAUCGACAAAGCCGAACGCGAUACCUCGCGUCGCAAGCGAAAGAGCCACGAACCGCACCGAUCGUCAAUUAGCCAAGCCUCCGCCGCUGCUGCUUCUCCCUCACAGCAGAACCAUACCCCGCGCCCGUCGUCUUCGGCCGCGACCCCGACGCCCGGGUACGCGGCCUCCACGGUGUCGUCGCAGCUCUCGCCGAAGUUUAAUGGGGAGCAGAACCGCGCUAAUAACGCUGCGAAUGGCGGGUUUAGCCCCAUGAACACCGCUUCUUCAACCAACGGGUCCGCUCCCCGCGACGGGCCCGGUGCUUGGCCCUCAUCCUCAAAUUCCAAUUCGCAACAGCAAUGGGAUCCAAAUGCCAUGGAUUUCGGUAAUUUCUCGGAAUUAACCGGAUUCGGGCAACCAAUUGCUUCGCCGUCAUCGUUUGUAAAUAGCGUUAUUAACGGCGGUAGUAACGGCGCGGGUGCUACGGGUGGUGCGCCGGGAGGUUACCAGCCCCUGUUGCCCCAGGAGUUGUGGCAGAUGUCGGGCGGGCUCGACUGGGACUGGGCUGAGUUUACGGGCGGUGCGUAUCCGAGUUUUGAGAAUGGGUCUACGACGGAUGGGGGACGACAGGGGCAGAAUGGGGGAUGA